AUGUUUUUUGGUGUCUUUGCACAUUUCCAGCAACCAACAGAAGAACAGAAAGAGAAGACUCAGAAAGUUUCUGAAAUUCGAAAGAAGGGCAAUGUCUCACUAUCACAUGAGUUGAAAAGUGAACAUUUAGCCCAUAGAGAGAAACAUGGCCGCAGCCGGGAACCACUCUUGAAAGGCCUUGCUUCCCAUUAUGAUUUACGGCUCUUCAGAGAAGCCCAGGUACGAGCCUGCACACAACUGUCUAUCUAUCUAUCUAUCUAUCUGCAUUCUUGUCUUUCUUUGAUUCUUUUCGGUCUCUUCUUUCUUCUUUUCUUUCUCUUCUUGUCUUUCUUCUUUUCUUUCUCUUCUUGUCUUUCUUCUUUUCUUUCUCUUCUUGUCUUUCUUCUUUUCUUUCUCUUCUUGUCUUUCUUCUUUUCUUUCUCUUCUUGUCUUUCUCUUUUCUUUCUCUUCUUGUCUUUCUCUUUUCUUUCUCUUCUUGUCUUUCUCUUUUUCUCUUCUUGUCUUUCUCUUUUCUUUCUCUUCUUUUCUUUCUCUUCUUUUCUUUCUCUUUUCUUUCUCUUCUUGUUUUCUCUUUUCUUUCUCUUCUUGUCUUUCUCUUUUCUUUCUCUUCUUGUCUUUCUCUUUUCUUUCUCUUCUUGUCUUUCUCUUUUCUUUCUCUUCUUGUCUUUCUCUUUUCUUUCUCUUCUUGUCUUUCUCUUUUCUUUCUCUUCUUGUCUUUCUCUUUUCUUUCUCUUCUUGUCUUUCUCUUUUCUUUCUCUUCUUGUCUUUCUCUUUUCUUUCUCUUCUUGUCUUUCUCUUUUCUUUCUCUUCUUGUCUUUCUCUUUUCUUUCUCUUCUUGUCUUUCUCUUUUCUUUCUCUUUUCUUUCUCUUCUUGUCUUUCUCUUCUUUCUCUUUUCUUUCUCUUCUUUCUCUUUUCUUUCUCUUCUUUCUCUUUUCUUUCUCUUCUUUUCUUUCUCUUUUCUUUCUCUUCUUUUCUUUCUCUUUUCUUUCUCUUCUUUUCUUUCUCUUUUCUUUCUCUUUUCUCUUCUCUUUUCUCUUCUCUUUUCUUUCUCUUCUCUUUCUUCUUUUCUUUCUCUUUUCUUUCUUUUCUUUCUCUUUUCUUUCUUUUCUUUCUUUUUCUUUCUCUUCUUUCUCUUUUUCUUCUCUUCUUUUCUUUCUCUUCUUUUCUUUCUCUUCUUUUCUUUCUCUUCUUUUCUUUCUCUUCUUUUCUUUCUCUUCUUUUCUUUCUCUUCUUUUCUUUCUCUUCUUUUCUUUCUCUUCUUUUCUUUCUCUUUUCUUUCUCUUCUCUUCUUUCUCUUUUCUUUCUCUUCUCUUCUUUCUCUUUUCUUUCUCUUCUCUUCUUUCUCUUUUCUUUCUCUUCUCUUCUUUCUUUUUUCUUUCUCUUCUCUUCUUUUCUUUCUCUUUUCUUUUUUCUCUUUUCUUUCUUUCUUUAUUUAUUUAUUUUUGAACUUUUCUUACUUUCUUGAUUCCUCUCUUCUCUCUUUUGAUUUUUCCCUCGCCAUCUUUCUUUCUUUCUUUCUCUCAUUUUCCUUUCUCUCUUUAUUCUCUGUCAAUAUUCUUACUCUUCUUAAAAGACUGACACUAUCUUCCUCUAUCUAUCCAUCCAUCUAUCUAUCUAUCUCUAUCUCUAUCUAUCUCUAUCUCUAUCUAUCUAUCUCUCCCUAUCCAUCUCUAUCUAUCUAUCUCCAUCUAUCUAUCUAUCCAUCUAUCUAUCUCUCUAUCUCUAUCUAUCUAUCUAUCUAUCUCCCAUCUCUAUCUCUCUCUAUCUCUAUCUCUCUAUCUCUCUAUCUAUCUAUCUCUCUCAUCUAUCUAUCUCAUCUCAUCUCUCUAUCUAUCUAUCUCUAUCUAUCUCUAUCUAUCUCUCUCAUCUCUCAUCUAUCUCUCUCUCUCUAUCUAUCUCUAUCUCUAUCUAUCUCUAUCUCAUAUCUAUCUAUCUAUUCAUAUCAUCUAUCUCUAUCUCUCAUCUAUCUAUAUAUAUAUAUAUAUAUAUAUAUAUAUAUAAUUUGUGUCUCAUUGAUAUGUUGCCAAAAGACGAAAGGAUUACUUAAUGAACUAAUCCUUUCCUUUCAUUUACACGUUACAACAUUCCUUCACACUUUUGCCCCAUUUACACCUUACCACAUUCCCUCACCCUUUUUGCCCCAUUUACACCUUACCACAUUCCCUCACCCUUUCGCCUCAUUUACACGUUACCACAUUCCCUCACCCAUUCGCCUCAUUUACACGUUACCACAUUCCCUCACCAUUUCGCCCCAUUUACACGUUACCACAUUCCCUCACCCUUUCGCCUCAUUUACACGUUACCACAUUCCCUCACCCUUUCGCCUCAUUUACACGUUACCACAUUCCCUCACCCUUUCGCCUCAUUUACAUUACCACAUUCCAUCACCCUUUCGCCUCAUUUACCCACAUUCCCUCACCCUUUCGCCUCAUUUACACGUUACCACAUUCCCUCACCCUUUCGCCUCAUUUACACGUUACCACAUUCCCUCACCCUUUCGCCUCAUUUACACGUUACCACAUUCCCUCACCCUUUCGCCUCAUUUACACGUUACCACAUUCCCUCACCCUUUUGCCCCAUUUACACGUUACCACAUUCCCUCACCCUUUUGCCUCAUUUACACGUUACCACAUUCCCUCACCCUUUCGUCUCAUUUACACCUUACCACAUUCCCUCACCCUUUCGCCUUAUUUACACUGUGCUAUAUAUCUUUUGCCUCAUUUACAUGUUGCCACAUGCCUUCACACUUUCGCCUCAUUCACAUGUUGCCACACUUCUUCACUCUUUUGCCUCAUUUAUACGUGUCACAUUCCCUACAUCUUUAA